AUGUCAGAUUCUAAUAUAACCUACUUCACCAACCCUUCCACCUUCAUCCUGCUGGGCAUUCCUGGCCUGGAGAUGGCCCAUGUCUGGAUCUCCAUCCCCUUCUGCACCAUGUACACCAUAGCCAUAUUGGGGAACUUCACCAUCCUGUUCAUUGUGAAGAGAGAGCCGAGCCUCCAUGAGCCCAUGUUCUAUUUCCUCUGCAUGCUGGCUGUCACCGACCUGGUCAUGUCCACAUCCACCAUACCAAAAAUGCUGAGCAUCUUCUGGUUCAAUUCCAGGGAGAUCAGUUUCAGUGCCUGCCUCAUCCAGAUGUACUUUUUUCACUCCUUCUCAGCAAUGGAGUCUGGGAUCCUUGUGGCCAUGGCUUUUGAUCGCUAUGUGGCCAUCUGCCAUCCCCUGAGACAUUCCACAAUCCUGAAAAACUCUGUUGUGGCCAAGAUAGGCCUGGCAGUCGUGCUGCGAAGUGGCAUACUCGCAUUACCCUAUCCCUUCCUGGCGAGGCAGUGGCCAUAUUGCAGAACCAACAUCAUCCCCAAUUUACACUGUGGACAUAUAGCUGUGGUGAAGCUGGCCUGCGCUGACAUUCGCUUCAGUAGUUACUAUGGACUGUUUGACCUUUUCUCUGAGAACGGAGUGGAUGUGGUUUUUAUCACUGUGUCCUAUACUCUGAUCUUCCGGGCCAUCUUCCGCCUCCACACAAAGGCUGCCCGGUUCAAAACUUUUGGGACCUGCAUCUCUCAUCUUUGUGUCAUCUCAGCUUUGUACAUCCCAGAUUUCUUCUUCUCUCUAACGCAGCGGUUUGGCCACAAUGUGCCCCGGCACUUCCUUGUUCUCAUUGUCAAUGUUUACCUGCUGGUGCCCCCCAUGUUACACCCCAUCAUUUAUGGGGUAAGGACCAAACAGAUCCGGGACAGGCUGCUCCAGCUUUUUACUCGUAAAGAGACUUAA